GCGAUCGAAACGCCGAAGGGGAAGUGUCGCCGCUCCCCGCAAAACGUUCCUACUUUUUUCGAAGUUCUCUCUACUGGUUUUGUUUUAAAGUUUUGCAAAGAAGUUUUAUGUGUCCAGUCUUUUAUCCUGUUGAACAUAAAGGUUAAGAGACUGUAUUCGGCCGCGUAGUUUAUUGAGUUUUACGUUGGUUGUGUUUUUUGUUAUUGUUGAGUUUUUUUUUGUUUGGUGAAUCGUGUCGGUCCGGAGACCGCCCGGUCCCGCACCAGCUUGGACGCGCCACGAACAGACCCCAGAGAAGAGCCUUUAGGGCGUGUAGUUGUGGUGCUAAGUGCGAGCGCUCGCCGCUCCAACCGUCAAGCUGGCAGCGAGCGCGUUGAGCAUGAACCCGCACUACCACGGGUACACGGAGCUCAGCUCGCCGCACCCGCCGUCGCCGGAGGCCGCCUUCGCCGCCAACGGCCACGACUACCCCCACAACAACAACAACCCGGCGCUGAAGGAAUGCGCGGGCUGCGGCGGCAAAAUCGUCGAGCGGUUCCUCCUCCACGCCCUCGACAGAUACUGGCACCACGGCUGCCUCAAGUGCACGUGUUGUAACCAAGCUCUUGCGGAUAUGGGUCGCUCUUUCUAUUUCAAAAGUGGAAUGAUAUUAUGCAAAAACGACUACACGAGAAUGUUCGGCACGGGAGGCGCGUGCGCAGCGUGCGGGCAGGCGAUUCCGGCGAGCGAAUUCGUCAUGAGAACGAACGCGCCUCAACAGCCCCUACACGUCUUCCACAUAAAAUGCUUCGCGUGCUCAAAGUGUGGCUCACACCUUAUGCAGGGCGAUAGGUACUAUAUGCUCGCGGGGUCACUAGUCUGCGAACAGGACUGGCAGAAACUAAUGAAGAGUGCGAAUGCGUCCGGCCCUGUCGCGCCCGUGCGCAAGGGCAAGGUGGGGCGCCCGCGUCGCUCGAGAGAAUGAGCCCCGGCGCCCGCGCCGAUAGCGCAGCCCCACUCACACAGGGACUAUGAGGAGAUGAUGGCCUGUUCUUACCUAAGCGCGGCGGCUAUGAAGCCCGAGCACUCGGGUGCUGCCUGUUGGACGCCGCCGAUGAUACCCGGUUCCUCCUCGGAGCUUGAGUCCAUCCCGAUGGCUCCGCCGUACCUGAGGGCCCCUGUGGGCGCCCUCGGCCUCCUGCCCCCGGCGCUCCCGGUCCUCCCGCAGGAACCAGCCCUCGACCUCACCACGGCUCUCAAACCCCAAUUCCCGUCUUCGCCCAGUGACGAGGCAGAGUGAAGUGUUGUGUCACAGACUUUUAAACAAAAACUUUUAACGAUUACUACCAGUGGUCAGUAAUAUUUAUGUCACUGAACUGUUAAAUUAUAACUUAGAAUAGAACAUACAUAUUUAAUUUCGGUUGUGAAAAAUUAUGUAAAAUUUUACUCGCUAUGUGUAAAUUUCGAAUUGCAGAAUGAGGCGUGUCUAACACAAAGAUGUUGUUUCUUAUUUAUCGUGAUAAUAAGGGCAUGAGGAAAAGUAGACAAAUUUUUAAAUCUAAGUGAAAUAAUCAUUCGUUAAAAAAGUUUUCAUGUUGAAAAUUCAUCGAACAACUGUUAGAUCAACGAAAAUGUUUACGAUUGUUAGAAAGUUGCUUUUCUAGUUGAAUUUAUAUUAAUUUCUUUUGGUGUUUUAUCAAACUUGAAAACAUUGUCGCGUAUCGAGUCUUGCCAAUGAGAGUACCAUUUGAUAAAUUCUUCGUUUGUGACAUCAGCCGUGUUCUUGCACUCAUCUCUGUGAUUUACAAUCUUGCUGUGUAAAUAAAUUUCUCGAAUAAAAUUUGUUAUUUCGUAUAUAAACGACGAGCAAUAGUUAGCUCGUUAUAUUAUUCGUUUAACUGUAAAUACUAGCAUAGAUAGUUGUAAGUAGACACAUCUUGUACCUAAAUCGAUAAAAAAUUACUAGCAAUAAAUCGAUGCCAACUAUGAAGUUUAAAAAUCAUUAUAGCGUUCUUUGUAUAUAUUGAUCUGUUUUACCAUCAAUUUAUUAUUCAUAUCGAUUUAAAAUGUAUACAGUAAGUUAUCUUAAACGCUAACAUUGCUUUUAAGUGCAAAUGUACUUACACGUGUCAAUCGUCAUGUAUAUUUACUUAAAGCCGGUUGCACACAACAAGCACUUCCCCAAGCUUUGGCGGAUUCGGCAUACAUUGCUGGUUAUUCAUUGCGGUAAAUAAAUCCUCUCAAAUAAACUACGCAAAGUUCGCACGUGCGUGGGCAUCUGUCCGAGUUCGGCGAUAGGGUGUAGCCGGCAUAAUAAUUACUCCAUCUUGCCAUAAGCCGUAAAAUUAUUUUACCUAGAGUAUGAUCGAUGUGUCUUGAACUAUUACCAGUUUUUCAACUACCUAUUUAAAGUACCUACUAAGUAACAGUUGAUACAACGUCGAAUAUUCAAAAGUAUUAUAGAAUUAUCUGUCUCAUAUGUGUGUAUAAUUAUAUAAUAUUAGUAAAUUAAUAAAUACUGGUAUUAUCUAAAAGAUCUCUGUCAUUAGUUGAAUAUUGUUUCUAUUAAAGGUAAUUUAGUGUUCUCUGGAUCAUACAGUGCACUAAGUUAAUUUUCAAUCAUCGAAAAGCAAAAUCUAAAUGACACUAAAACUUAAAUAGAUGUAAGAUUAUUCUGAUGAUGAGAUGAUUUUUACCCAGCAAAGAUGUAUGCUAAAGGCCGGACUUUAACCUGGCUUAUAUAAACACAUCUCUAAUCCAAUUUACAGUGAACAGCACAUCAAUCUAGGGUAGGGUCAAUGCAAAUUCGCCACUAUUACCGUCACAUAGGGGUCCACUCUGGGUAACUUGACAUGCUGUCAAUUGUAACUAAUACCUAUUGUAGUUAUAUCACACAUGGCAAAAAUAUGAUAAGUUUUAUUUCGUAUGGGUUAUGAUAAGCCCAAUGUAAAUUUUAUAUUUUAUGAACAGUAGGAAUCUUACCGAAUAUUUGUUAGAUACAAAAUAGUUUUAACCAAGAGCUUUUGAACCAUAAUUAAGGCUAUUUGAAUUUAAUAGUCACAUCGACAUACAUAUUCUGCCGUCAUAAUGAAAAAACACGCAUCUGAGAUUUUUUUCAAAAUGAGUUGUACUUAUAAGUAGGUAUGUCAUGAAUCAGGAGAUAUAAAAACGCCCACGCAGUUUGAAUUAACUCUAAUAUUAGGAGAUCCAAUAGGCAAUGUUAUAAGAAUUAUAAAUAUACUUACUUAAAACCACCUGAUGAGGCGGGCUCAUCACCUACCUACCUACCAAAACCUACGUUGCAGGAUAAUUAAAACCAGUUUUACAAAUGGUUAGUUGGGAUUUGGGGUGGUACACAGAAUUUUACUCAAUUUCGAAAGAAAAUGCCAGCUACGUCUUUUUCCCGUAUGACGGCAGUAUUAAUGUUAGCGUUUAGUGAAUCUUGCCAUCAAACCAUUGUUUAAUUUAUGAAACUGCCCCCACUUAUAAUGUCGUAAAUUCGAGAUGGGACAAAGUUUGGGGCAGUUUGUUAAGGGAUGACAGUUGUGGUGUUACCAGUCAACAAAGAAAGAACAUACAUUCUAGUAUAAGAGAGUCGAAGAAGGGAGAAAAUAAAAAUUUUGUAAAUUA